AUGCCUACCCGCGCCGAGUUCCUCGCCAGCGGUAUGUUGCCGGUCACGGAAGGAGGCGAGUGCCCCAUCUGCACCCAGCAACAGCCCGCUAACGCUCUCGUCCAACUCCCUUGCCACACGAGUCACGUCUAUUGCCGAGACUGCAUCACCACGUGGCUCUCACAGCCACGAGUGAAUUCUUGUCCAGCCUGCCGCCAGCGUCUCUUCGACCCCGACCCUAUCGGCAGCAACAUCGUCGCCAACGGCAUGACCAUCGCCGACUUGGCUGCGGAUGUACAGGCACGAGCGCAUCCGAUAUUUGACAACACAGGUGAGCUUGAGAUCGCCAGGGACAGACUCAGACAGAGAUUCGAAGAGCUGCUUCGUGCUACGGAGGACGCUGGUAGGAGGUAA